AUGAAAGAGAAGUUUGUCCCACGGCGGGAAAUCCUGGUUUUAGCACAAGAGAACCUGACAGAGAACCUGACACAGAACCCGACACAGAACCCGACAGAGAACCCGACAGAGAACCUGACAGAGAACCCGACAGAGAACCCGACAGAGAACCCGACAGAGAACCCGACAGAGAACCCGACAGAGAACCCGACAGAGAACCCGACAGAGAACCCGACAGAGAACCCGACAGAGAACCUGACAGAGAACCCGACAGAGAACCCGACAGAGAACCAGACAGAGAACCUGACAGAGAACCUGACAGAGAACCUGACAGAAAACCCGACAGAGAACCAGACAGAGAACCUGACAGAGAACCUGACAGAGAACCUGACAGAAAAUCCGACAGAGAACCAGACAGAGAACCCGACAGAGAACCUGACAGAGAACCUGACAGAAAACCCGACAGAGAACCAGACAGAGAACCUGACAGAGAACCUGACAGAGAACCUGACAGAGAACCUGACAGAAAAUCCGACAGAGAACCAGACAGAGAACCCGACAGAGAACCUGACAGAGAACCUGACAGAAAACCCGACAGAGAACCAGACAGAGAACCUGACAGAGAACCUGACAGAGAACCUGACAGAAAACCCGACAGAGAACCAGACAGAGAACCUGACAGAGAACCUGACAGAAAAUCAGACAGAUAACCAGACAGAGAUCCCGACAGAGAACCUGACAGAGAACCCGACAGAGAACCUGACAGAGAACCCGACAGGGAACCUGACAGAAAACCCGACAGAGAACCCGACAGAGAACCCGACAGAGAACCCGACAGAGAACCUGACAGAGAACCCGACAGAGAACCCGACAGAGAACCAGACAGAGAACCUGACAGAGAACCUGACAGAGAACCUGACAGAAAACCCGACAGAGAACCAGACAGAGAACCUGACAGAGAACCUGACAGAGAACCUGACAGAAAAUCCGACAGAGAACCAGACAGAGAACCCGACAGAGAACCUGACAGAGAACCUGACAGAAAACCCGACAGAGAACCAGACAGAGAACCUGACAGAGAACCUGACAGAGAACCUGACAGAGAACCUGACAGAAAAUCCGACAGAGAACCAGACAGAGAACCCGACAGAGAACCUGACAGAGAACCUGACAGAAAACCCGACAGAGAACCAGACAGAGAACCUGACAGAGAACCUGACAGAGAACCUGACAGAAACCCCGACAGAGAACCAGACAGAGAACCUGACAGAGAACCUGACAGAGAACCUGACAGAAAAUCCGACAGAGAACCAGACAGAGAACCCGACAGAGAACCUGACAGAGAACCCGACAGAGAACCUGACAGAGAACCCGACAGAGAACCUGACAGAAAACCCGACAGAAAACCCGACAGAGAACCCGACAGAGAACCCGACAGAGAACCCGACAGAGAACCUGACAGAGAACCCGACAGAGAACCCGACAGAGAACCAGACAGAGAACCUGACAGAGAACCUGACAGAGAACCCGACAGAGAACCAGACAGAGAACCAGACAGAGAACCUGACAGAGAACCUGACAGAGAACCUGACAGAAAAUCCGACAGAGAACCUGACAGAGAACCAGACAGAGAACCAGACAGAGAACCCGACAAAGAACCUGACAGAGAACCUGACAGAAAACCCGACAGAGAACCAGACAGAGAACCUGACAGAGAACCUGACAGAGAACCUGACAGAAAACCCGACAGAGAACCAGACAGAGAACCUGACAGAGAACCUGACAGAAAAUCAGACAGAUAACCAGACAGAGAUCCCGACAGAGAACCUGACAGAGAACCCGACAGAGAACCUGACAGAGAACCCGACAGAGAACCUGACAGAAAACCCGACAGAGAACCCGACAGAGAACCCGACAGAGAACCCGACAGAGAACCUGACAGAGAACCCGACAGAGAACCCGACAGAGAACCCGACAGAGAACCUGACAGAGAACCUGACAGAGAACCCGACAGAGAACCUGACAGAGAACCCGACAGAGAAUCUGACAGAGAACCCGACAGAGAACCCGACAGAGAACCCGACAGAGAACCCGACAGAGAACCCGACAGAGAACCUGACAGAGAACCUGAUAGAGAACCUGACAGAGAACCUGACAGAGAACCUGACAGAGAACCCGACAGAGAACCUGACAGAGAACCCGACAGAGAACCCGACAGAGAACCCGACAGAGAACCUGACAGAGAACCCGACAGAGAACCCGACAGAGAAGCUGAUAGAGAACCUGACAGAGAACCCGACAGAGAACCCGACAGAGAACCCGACAGAGAACCCGACAGAGAACCCGACAGAGAACCCGACAGAGAACUCGACAGAGAACCCGACAGAGAACCUGACAGAGAACCUGAUAGAGAACCUACAGCUUCCAUAA